UUAGCAUUCAGCAAAAUCCAACUUCUUUUCUCUUAGCACCAAACGCACACCAACCCAGCUAACCCAAAACCGAGGAGACCAAGGAACGGGAAGAGUGCGCACCAAGGCGAUGGAAACCGAGGCCUUCCCGAUAGGGUUCACCAAGGGCAUACGAUCCUACUGGCGCCGGAGCAAGUACCAGCGCGUGGACGGCGGCGGCGGCGGCACGGCGGGCCGAGGCACGCGCCAUCUGGUGCGGCUCGGGGACGGCGGCAGCGGCGACGGCGACGGCAAGAAGUGGGGCGUGCGUCUCGGCGGCAUGUUCCGGGUGCGCGUCAAGGCGCCGGCCGUGGCCGCGGCAGCGGUACCGAAGCGCGUGCUCGGGGGCAUACGGGACGCGUACGUGGACGCCAUGGUCGGCGCGGCGAAGAAGCACUCGGCGGCGUCGCUCAGCCUGCCCAGCGGGCCGGUGCCGGAGGCGCUGUGGCAGAAGCGGGUGCCCGUGCGCCGGUCGCUCAGCCAGGCGCAGACGCGGCAGAAGGCGGAUGAGCUGGGACAGAGGCUCGUCCUCGAGAUGUACAAGUCCGUGCGCGCGUCCAGGGACCUCUCGGGCAUGCUCCAAGCAUCCGCGGCGCGAUAGCGUGCAUGCAUAGGCAAAUUUGAAAUAAUAAACCUAGUUAUGUAAUAUAAGGGCAGGAUGAUCCGAGUUGAUAUCCGUAACAUGUUCAUAACCAUGGGGCUAGCUCUGCUGUAAAUUCUCUACAAUUCCAUGACUGUGUGAGAAGACAUACCUAGCAUGUAUGUGUGUUACAUACGACCAGGAUGAUUAGUGUAAGAUACUGCAACUGUGCA